GAUAACUGGCAGCAUUAAGGAAACUUCUUGUUUGAGUACAGCGUGACAGAGACCUCGUUCAUGUUCGCCGCUUUUCAUUUGGCUCUCCUUAUGUUAUUAACACUUACAGAACAAGAACAAAGGCGAACACGGCAUUAUAUUAUUACAGUAUAACAACCGCUUGGGAAGUUUCAUGUCCAUCUGGAAAACCUGAUCAUGCUAAUCAGACAGGGGGCGCUCAUUGCUUUCUGUUUCUGUUCGACUUUGAUUGUGUGCAGGGAGGAGCAGAGCAUUUCCAGAUCUGUCACCACUCCAAACCAGGCAUAUUUCGCCGAAACUUUUGACACAAGCCCAUUGGAUAGAAAAUGGGUUCUUUCCCAAUCACUGAAAGAAGGAGAUUUGGACAUUUAUAAAUAUGAUGGAGAAUGGCUUUUAGAGGAAUCCAAGAAUAAAGCAUCACCAGGAAACAAGGGCCUCGUCCUUAAGUCUCCUGGCCGUCAUCAUGCUAUUUCUGCAUACCUACAGACAGUGUACCACUUCAAAGAAAAACCUCUGUUCCUACAGUAUGAAGUUUUCUUCCAAAACGGGAUUGACUGUGGAGGAGGCUACGUUAAAUUGCUGUCUCAUUCAGACGACCUGCGCUUGAGUCAGUUUAGCGAUGCCACACCAUACACCAUUAUGUUUGGUCCAGACAAAUGUGGAAGUAUAUACAAAGUGCAUUUCAUUAUCCGCCACCGGAACCCACUGACGGGGAUGUAUGAGGAGAAACAUGCCCGGCAGCCUGAGACUGACCUGAGCGACUAUUUCACUGGCCACGACCCUCAUCUCUACGCUCUCAAUUUGUAUCCUGACAACACAUUUGAAAUUUUCAUCGACCAAACGUUAGUCAAUAACGGCAGUCUCCUGGAGGACAUGGAUCCCCCAGUGAUGCCUCCCCGUGAGAUAGAGGACCCGGAGGAUACUAAACCCUUUAACUGGGAUGACAGGCGUCAUAUUCCAGAUCCCACCGUAACGAGACCCCACGACUGGGAUGAAGAAGCUCCUCGGCUUAUUCCUGACCCCACGGUUCAGAAACCUACCGGCUGGAUAGAAGAGGAAGAGCCUUUUAUCCCAGACCCAGAGGCUCAGGCUCCACAUGACUGGUUAGUGGAGAUGGAUGGGGAGUGGGAAGCUCCUCUCGUUGCUAACCCUGCCUGCUCCCAUGCUGCAGGCUGUGGGCCGUGGAAGCCUCCCAUGGUGCCCAACCCAGCAUAUAAAGGGAAAUGGAAACCACCUAUGAUUGACAACCCAAAUUAUCAGGGAAAAUGGCUGCCACGAAAGAUCCCUAACCCGGCUUACUUUGAGGACACUCGGCCAUUCAGAAUGAGUCCUGUGUCUGCAGUAGGGUUUGAGUUGUGGUCCCUUACUGGAGAUGUGCUGUUUGACAACAUCCUGCUGUGUGACGACAUCGUGAUUGCCAGACGCUGGACAGAGGACACCUGGGGACAAAGGCAGACACAUGGACUUGUGGAGCGGUUACUGUUCGCCACAGAAAAGCGUCCCUGGCUCUGGGGUGUGUACGUCUUCAGCGUGGGCCUUCCCAUCAUCCUCUUUAUCAGUUUCAUGUGGCCUGAUAAGCGAUUUGGCCCCCCGGAUCAGGAUUAUUACUACAAAAAAACUGACGAGCCUCAGUCGGAGAGUCCACAGGAUCCAGAAGGUCACCGGAGUUUCACUGACUGUGGACCCAACAACUCUACUGGCCUGAGGAAACGGGGGGUCAAUAAUGUACAGAAAAAAUCAGACUUGGAGUUAAAGGUCAUCAAAUGAUGCAGCUCUUUGUGGUUUACUGAGCCUGGCAUGGAUAAAGCAAUGGAAGAUAAAACAUGAAUGGUUUCUAAGCAACAUCCUACCUAAAAUAUUCUAAACUUCAAAUCAAUUCACCUAGACACUCCAGAGGGGGGAAAGAAAUGCCAUUUUUAUUGGACUUAAAAAAAAAAAAAAAAAAAAAAAAAAAAAAAAAAAAAGUUUAAAUAGUGAUCAUGUGACUUUCAGAUAGUCUUGAUGGGAUAGUAUAGAAAUGAAUUUUGUAAAAUGCGUUCUUGUGAACUGUAAACGUCUGUGUUUCAAAUAAAGCUUUCACUUUCAGAGUCAAAUGAAA